AUGAAACCCUUAUUUAUACUUUUGGUUGCUUUAUUUUCCCUUUUUGCCAACGGAAAGGGAUUCACAUCGAAUUCACGCGCAGAAUCUAUUCAAUGUUACGUAUGCAACGAUUUGAAAGAUCCGUGCUCAAACGGUUCUUUUGAUGACUACAAAGACAACAUAGAAACCUGCGGAGAAACAACCACUACUACGGAAGAAUCAACUACUACGGAAGCAUCAACUACUACGGAAGCAUCAACUACUACGGAAUCAACAACUACUACGGAAGCAUCAACUACUACGGAAUCAACAACUACUACGGAAGCAUCAACUACUACGGAAGCAUCAACUAGUACGGAAUCAACAACUACUACGGAAGAAUCAACUAUUACGGAAUCAACAACUACUGCAAAAGAGACUGCCGAACCAAUCAUAUUUGAUCUGAAAGUUCCAACUAUUCCUAUUAGAAAGGAUCAACUUGUAUAUCAAUGUUACAUUCAGAAAACGGAUACAGGUAUAUUAAGAGGAUGUAAGGAAAAGGCUGAUUUUAAAACAUGUGAAGACGACAAGAACUGCGAAUUAUGCUCUUCUAAUUUGUGCAAUUCUGGAAUUGUAACAUCAGGAACUGUGAUCAUGACGACGCUCUUAGGACUUUCUCUAUACUUUGUUAGAUAAAAUUUAAAAAAAAAACGAAGCUUAAUAGAAUAAUUUCAUUAGAAUAAGGGUAAAAAAAUGUUGGAAGGAACCGCAACAAAUUUCUGUGUAAUAUUGAUGUAUCGUAAUUUUAAUGUAAUUUAAAAAUAAAUAUUUUAAAAUGUUAGUAUUUUA